AUGGACAACAUCUCGGAGUUUCUACAGACCAUUCGUAUUGGUGCAGUCGUUGCAACUUUUCUUUUCAACACUGGACGUAUUAUAAAAGCGGUGGACAUCUUUAACGAAUGCUUGGUGCUCCUUAACGGGAAAGCCCUAGAGACAAUCAAAGAACUUACGACACCAGUUGUUAUCUAUGUAUAUGAUAAACUUCUUGAUGGCUAUACUCUUAUGCACGAUCACACCCGUGCAAUAGAAUGUGGUAAAAAGCUUCACGUGACACUACACAAUAGUGGUCGAAAAGAAGAAGGAGGGAUAAUAUUACUUAAACUAGCAAAAAUCUGCUAUAAAAGAAGCAAAUACGAGGAAACAAAACAGGUUUACGAGAAGGCACUCAGCAUCAUGAUUGAGACAGGAAACAAUCGCGGAAUUGGAAUAUGUUACGGAAAUCUGGGAGCUGUGUUUAAAUCAGUUAGUCAAUAUACCAAGGCUGAAGAAUACCUUCAAAAAGCACUAGUGAUCAGGAAACAAAUCGGUCACAAAAAAGGAGGAGCAGAAGAUUACGGAAAUCUAGGAACUGUGUUUCUUUCAGUUGGUCAAUAUACCAAGGCUGAAGAAUACCUUCAAAAAGCACUAGUCAUCAGCAAAGAAAACGGUGACAAAAAAGGAGAAGCAUCUGCUUACGGAAAUCUAGGAGCUGUGUUUCAAUCCAUUGGUCAAUAUACCAAGGCUAAAGAAUACCUUCAAAAAGCACUAGUGAUCAGAAAAGAAAACGGUGACAAAAAAGGUGAAGCAACUACUUACGGAAAUCUAGGAACUGUGUAUCAGUCUGUUUGUCAAUAUACUAAGGCUGAAGAAUACCUUCAAAAAGCACUAGUAAUCAGGAAACAAAUAGGUGACAAAAAAGGAGAAGCAACAGAUUACGUAAAUCUAGGAACUGUGUUUCUUUCAGUUGGUCAAUAUACCAAGGCUGAAGAAUACCUUCAAAAAGCACUAGUCAUCACGAAAGUCAUCGGUGACAAAAAUGGAGAAGCGGCUGUUUACGGAAAUCUAGGAGCUAUGUUUAAAUCUGUUGGUCAAUAUACCAAGGCUGAAGAAUACAUUCAAAAAGCACUAUUGAUCAGGAAACAAGUGGGAAACAAAAAAGGAGAAGCAGAAGAUUACGGAAAUCUAGGAAAUGUGUUUCUUUCAGUUGGUCAAUAUACCAAGGCUGAAGAAUACCUUCAAAAAGCACUAGUGAUCAGGAAAGAAAUCGGUGACAAAAGAGGAGAAGCAACAGAUUACGGAAACCUAGGGACUGUGUUUCUUUCAGUUGGUCAAUAUACCAAGGCUGAAGAAUACCUUCAAAAAGCACUAGUGAUCAGGAAAGAAAUCGGUGACAAAAGAGGAGAAGCAACAGAUUACGGAAACCUAGGAACUGUGUUUCUUUCAGUUGGUCAAUAUACCAAGGCUGAAGAAUACGUUCAAAAUGCACUAGUCAUUAGGAAACAAAUCGGUGACAAAGAAGGAGAAGGAUCUGCUUACGGAAAUCUAGGGACCGUGAUGCAAUCUGUUGGUCAAUAUACAAAGGCUCAAGAAUACCUUCAAAAGGCACUAGUGAUCAGCAAAGAAAUCGGUAACAAAGAAGGAGAAGCAUCUGCUUACGGAAAUCUAGGGACCGUGUUUCAAUCUGUUGGUCAAUAUACCAAGGCUGAAGAAUACCUUCAAAAAGCACUAGUCAUCACGAAAGUCAUCGGUGACAAAAAUGGAGAAGCGACUGUUUACGGAAAUCUGGGAGCUGUGUUUAAAUAUGUUGGUCAAUAUACCAAGGCUGAAGAAUACCUUCAGGAAGCACUAGUUAUCAGGAAAGAAAUCGGUGACAAAGCAGGAGAAGCAACAGAUUACGGAAAUCUAGGAGCUGUGUUUCUUUCAGUUGGUCAAUAUACCAAGGCUGAAGAAUACCUUAAAAAAGCACGAGUUAUCAGGAAACGAAUCGGUGACAAAGCAGGAGAAGCAACAGAUUACGGAAAUCUAGGAACUGUGUUUCUUUCAGUUGGUCAAUAUACCAAGGCUGAAGAAUACCUUCAAAAAGCACUAGUGAUCAAGAAAGAAAUCGGUGACAAAAAGGGAGAAGGAUCUGCUUACGGAAAUCUAGGAACUCUGUUUAAAUCUGUUGGCCAAUAUACCAAGGCUCAAGAAUACCUUCAAAAGGCACUGGCAAUCGAAGAAGAAACCGGAGACAAAAGAGGUGUUGGAGCUUUAUACUUACAUCUGGGAAAACUUUGUCGAGAAUUUCAGCUCAAUGCUAAGAGUCAAGAAUUUGCCAAUAAAGCACUUGAGAUAAGUUACGAAAUAGGAGACAUUGAAAUGCAGUUUAACAGCCACCUUACCAUUGCUUGGAACGCUUUAGUGACAGGAGGAAACAUAACUGAACUUCUGCGAAAUCUGUAUGAAAGCAUUCAGAAGUGCGAAGAAAUGCAUGAUUUUUUCAGAGUGAAAGAUCAAUCAAAAAUUUCGUUUUUUGAUGAGCAUGUGUCCCCUUACCUUCUUCUUAGUAGCUUGCUGAUUGCUACAGGCAGUUUCUAUGAAGCUCUUUACGUUGCCGAGCUUGGACGCUCCAAAGCACUGACAGACGUACUGUCAGAUAAGUACUCUGUGGAUAAAGGGGUAUCAGUCAACCCACAGUCAUGGAUUGGUAUUGAGAACAUCAUGAACAAAAAUACACUGAGUUCUUGUCUUUAUGUUUCCUGCUUCGGUGAUGAUAUGUACUUUUGGAUCCUCAAGCCAAACAAAAUGUUCUUUUUUCGGCAAACAAGACUCAAAGAAAGUGCAGAUAAAGUGUUUGGAAAUCAGACAUUUGGUGGCUCUCUUGAUUUACGUCAAGACCAAUGCGAAGAUCGAUCAUUAUUUUCAUGUGUAAACUCCCCGCCAUCAUGCAAACCAUCUCAGGGUGACAGCUUCGAAUCGUUGCGUCUUAUAGAAGAAGAGGAAGACGAAAUUCGCGACUCUAAACUUUUAACCCUCACUGAUGGUUACAACAUGAUAGUCGCUCCUGUAGCUGACUUACUCCAAGAAUCAGAAAUCAUUAUUAUACCGCAUAACUUGUUGUAUCCAAUUCCUUUUGCUGCUUUAAUAGAUGAUAAUGGAAAGUAUUUAUCGAAUACUUUCAGGAUUCGUAUUGUCCCUUCCUUGACGACUCUUAAGCUGAUUCAACUCAGUCCAGCAGACUACCAUAGUAAAACCGGUGCACUGAUCGUAGGAGAGCCAGACGUUAGUGAUGUAUACUACCAAGGAAAACUCCUACAGUUGAAGUCAUUGCCUUGGGCCAGAAAGGAAGCAGAGAUGAUUGGGCGACUCCUUGGUAUUCAACCGUUGCUUGGAAGGAAUGCGACUAAGCAGGCAGUCCUAGAAAGCAUGCAUUCAGUAAGUCUUGUUCACUUCGCUGCUCAUGGUUAUGCUGAACGUGGAGAAAUAGCUCUUUCCCCUGUAAGCUCCUGCGGAACUCCACACGAAGAAGACUACUUAUUGACGAUGGCUGAAAUUUCACAAGUUCGACUAACAGCCAAGCUGGUUGUCCUUAGCUGCUGUCAUAGUGCACGUGGUCAGGCAAGGGGUGAGGGAAUUGUUGGAAUCGCUCGAGCAUUUCUAGCAUCGGGUGCACGCGCCGUGUUGGCGGCACUGUGGGCUGUAGAGGACGAAGCUACUAUGUGGUUUAUGAAUCGUUUUUACCAGCACCUUGUUCAUGGUGAAAGUGCCAGUGAAUCUCUUUACCAGGCCAUGAAAUCGAUGAGAGAGAAUCGCUUUUCUGACGUCGAGCAGUGGGCACCCUUCAUGCUGAUUGGAGAUGAUGUAACAUUCAAAGGUUUGUAUUUGAUAUUUAUAAUUUUUAGGUUUUUCUAGCUGUUUUUAGUCAAAAUAUGUGAAAUGAAUGUUCGUGACAACAAAUUACUUCCAAAAAAUAUUAUUAAGCGAGUUAUACUGAGUUUUGUUUAUUGUUUUUUCCAACCCUGUUCAUGAAAAUGAGGCAAAUGGAGAGAAGGCCGAAUUUUAUUUUCCGAUUUUCAUUGAAUAUUUCGUAAAGCAUGCAUGCUCGGAUCCAAAACAAAAAUGUAGAAAACGAUAGUUGAGAUUACAAGGAGCAUACGAAAACAAUUUAACUCAUAGAGAAGAGAAGUAAGUGGCUGUCAAACAAACUUUUUCUUAAGGUUGUACCUGAUGAAAGAAAAAACGUCGACUAUUCCAAUACGAAUUUACUGAACUUUUAGCAUAUAAACUCUUUUUUUUUAUAAGAAUGUUGUUUUUCCGGCCCAGGCUGACAUUUCCGUUUUAGAAUUGUGCACGUACUCCAUCGCUUUUCGGUCAAGAUGUCACGUCAAACGACACUUGACCGUUUUGGCUUUAAAAAAAGCAUUUCGCACAGAAAUAGCGUGAUGGAAACGAAAGUACCCGAUUUUGUUUCAACUAUGUCAAGGAGAAUUAAGUGUAAUCACUGCAGUAAACUCUUUGUUAACCAGCAAGGGUUGUCUCUACAUAGCCUCUGUACAGACGUCCCCCCUCCCUCAGCAAAAAUCGGGAGAAGUCUCUUCUCCCGAUUUUUUCUGAGGAAGGGGGGACGUCUGUACACAGGCUAUCUGUACAUGAUAAAUUGUGUGCAUGGUGUUAGCGGAAUGACAAAGGCAGCCAAAAUUAUAUCUAUCCUUUUCAAAAUCUCAGCCUCGACUUUAUUCUUAAAAUAUUCUUAAAAUUUCGUAAAUUUCAGCCUCAAUAUUCUUAUAAAAUAUAUUCUUAUAAAAAAAAAAAAAGAGUGUAAAUAAUUUCCUCAAAGUGUAAAGGUUUGCUAUUUGUUUGACUUUGAAAAAAUCUGUGUUAAAAAUAUUAUAGGUAAAACAUUUAGUGCAACGAGUAACAGAAGCAUGUUGAUCGAUGUCUAAAAUAAAUCCUGCAAAGAAUGAGAAUACAUUCGAAAGGGAACCGUGAUGAUUAGUUUUUCUAUUCGCAGGUGCAUUUGAUAAGAGCAGUUUGAAAGAUGGCGAAGGUGCAACGGAAACAAAGAACUUGUAA